CUGUCCGGCGGUGCACCCGCCUCGCCGCCAGCGGCCCCCUCGCGCUAUGGGCUCCCGGCUCAGCUGCGACAGCCGCGGCACUGGCGCGACCACCUCUCGGUGCGCACUGGAUCUGGGGAGAGCUGCUGAGCAGCAGCAGCGGGUCCCGUCCUUUGACUGCUCCAUCUGCCUGGAGGUGCUGCACCAGCCCGUGAGGACCCAGUGUGGCCACGUGUAAACGCAGCCGUUUUGUGUCUGGCUCCAGCCGGGAAGAGUGGCUUCCUCCCAGCCAGGGGAAAGGGCUGGGGGACUAGAGACUUCCUCCCACGGAACCACCACCACCACACCCCUUGUUGGUUUUCUGCUGAAGCCCGGCUUCUUCUACUUGAAAGAUUGCAAAGAAAGGAGCAGAUUCUGUCACUCCUGUAUUGUUACAAGUUUAAGGAAUAAUACAUGGACAUGUCCUUAUUGCCGGGCUUAUCUUCCUUCAGAAGGAAUUCCAGCUACUGAUAUUGCCAAGAAGAUGAAAAGUCUAUACUAAAACUGCACAGAGUGUGACACACAGGUAUGUCUGAGUGAAAUGAGAGUUCAUUUAAGGACUUGUCAGCAAUAUAUAGAAAAAUAUGGACCUCUACAAGAGCUUGGAGACACAGUAACAAGAUAUGCCUGUCCAUUUUGCCAGUGUGAGUUGCAUGAAGAUGAUCUAAUGGACCAUUGUCUCACUUAUCAUAGAACAGAAAGGAGAGCAGUGUACUGUCCAAUUUGUCGUUUAAUACCUGGUGGAGAUCCAAGCUGUUUUAGCAGGAAUUUUAUAAGGCAUCUUCAGCUCAGACACACAUUCUACCAUGAAGACUACAUAGAUAUAAACAUAGUAGAAGAAGUCCUUAUUGAAAACGUUCUACACCAGUCAUUUUUAGAAUAUGUGCAAGUGAAUCAUUCAAACAGCACAUAAUUCUACUGAAAAGAGUGAGAUAGAUGUUCAACAGAUUACAUUGUUCAUUCAAAUUCAGUUUUUACAGUUACCGGGACAUUGUCAGAUUUUAGACCUAAACAGGUUGACUUAAAAAAUAGUUUUGUUUUUAAAUUAAAUUCCAACUCCAUCACAGAAACUGUAAAAGAUCACACUGACAAAUUGCUGGUUUUGAACACCUAAAAUGCAAUAGUCACUGUCUGCCUGUACUACCUUAUUCCUCACUGACAAACACCUUUACCUUUAUACAAAGGAAAAGCAAUGACUGGAGCAGAGAGCAGCUUGUGAUUGCCCAUUCCAUGAGCAAGCCAGAGUCUCCAUGAUACUGCUGAUGAUGUUGCAAUGCUUGGGACAGACAGCAAACAAGGCACAGCCUUUUCUGGGUUCUGUAGCCUAUCAGACUGGGGUGGGGGAGGGGAAGGGCACUCAGCGCUUCUGGCCUGCACCAGGGUGGUGGGGUUAGGGUCUUCUCUGCCCAGCAGGGAUGGGGUCCCGGGGCUUCAGCCCUGAGGGGCAUGCCUGCCGGGGCUCAAGACAUCAGCGGGUGCCUCCCAUGGGGCAGGAGCCCCAGCAAUCGCACCCCGGCUUUCAAACUUCUGAAGUUUGUCGUAUGUGGCUCCGAGGAUCAGUACGUUUGGCCACCCCACUCUAAAGUGACCAGAAGAUAGGGCUAUAGCAUUCUUUCAAAACAUACCUCCAACACAGAAGUAAGCACACAAACUUCUGUGUGUAAUUCUACACAUUUUCAUUGUUGAUUUCAUUAAAAAAAAAAAGUCUGAUUUAAAAAGCUUGGCUUCAAAUAAACAUUCUUCAUAAAC